AUGAAAGAUGUUAAAGUUGAAAUCAUUUGUAGAGAAAACAUUAGGCCUUCUUCUCCCACACCCUCUCAUCUAAGAACCUUCAAACACUCCCUUUUAGAUCAAAUUGUUCCCGUUCCUUAUGCUAUAGUCAUCCUAUUCUACUCUUCACACAAUCUCUCUGAAUUUCCCAAGAGACUAGAAUUGCUUAAACAAUCAUUAUCUGAAACACUAACACAAUUCUACCCUCUUAGUGGCAAGAUCAAAGAUGAUUUGUCCAUUGAUUGCAAUGAUGAAGGUGCUAAUUUUGUAGUAGCAAAAGUGAAUUGUCCUAUUUUAGAGUUUCUAGAAAAGCCUGAUUUGGAUUCAUUACACAAGUUUCUUCCAAUUAAUAAUCCAUUCUCCCUUGAAACAUUUAUAGGAACUCAUGUGGCUAACAUUCAAGUCAAUGUCUUUGAUUGUGGUGGAAUUGCUAUCGGAUUUUGCAUUUCUCAUAAGAUCAUUGAUGGUGAUUCAAUGAACACUUUCUUGAAGAUGUGGACAGAAAAAACCAACAUCAACAGCAAUUUAAAACUCUUGACAGAGCCAAAUUUUUCUACAAGUUCUCUCUUCCCUACAAGUACUUUACAUUUCAGAGACUUAUCAAAGAAAAUUUGGAGUUCCUUGUUUAGAGAAGAAAAAUGGGUCACAAGAAGAUUCUUGUUCACAAAUUCAGCUAUUAACACACUCAAGGCUCAAAUUCUGCCUAAAUCUUCAUCAGAUCCAUUGAAGAAUCAUCCUACACGUGUCGAGAUAGUUUCUGCAUUUUUGUGGAAGUGUUUCAUGGCUGCAUCAAAGUUACAAUUUGAAACUCAAAGGCCUUGUGGGAUUAUUCAUAUUGUGAAUCUUCGUCGAAAAAUGGACAAAUCUCUAUGUCCUGAGAAUUCUAUAGGGAAUUUUCUGUGGUACACACUAGCAGAUCACAUGGAUGAACAUGAGUUGAGUUUGGAUGAGUUGGUGAGUAAAUUGAAGAACUCAAUUGAAUUUGUUGAUAAAGAUUUUGUUGCAAUAUUGCAAAGUGAUGAGGGAAGUUCAAUUAUGGAAAAUAGUCUUAGGAUUUUUGACAGUAAAAUAAAGGAUGAGGAAUUGGAAGCAUUAAGUUUUACUAGUUGGUGUAACUUUGGAUUAUAUGAUGCUGAUUUUGGAUGGGGAAAACCUAUUUGGGUGAGUAAUAUUGGUUUAAAGAGUACUUAUGUGUUUAUGAAUAUGAUAACUUUGGUUGAUACCAAAUUCAAAGAUGGUAUAGAGGCUUGGGUUACCUUGGAUGAGAUGAAAAUGAAGCAUUUGGAGUUAUUCACUGAAUUGCUCAAUUAUGCUACUCUUGAUCCAAGUCCUUUGGCAAUGUCUAAUAACUCAAGGUUAUAGACUUGAAUCGAUUCAUUCUCUUUUUUAUUAUCAUUAGCCAUUAAAUAAAAUGUGGAACCUAUAUUGUAAGAAUUUAAAAAAAAAAACACCUAUGUACUUUAUCUCAGCUCGUGCACU